AUGGCGCCAUCCCAUUCUUCGUACACGGCAAGCCCGACGCGCUUCCAAUCACCUCAGCGCAGCCCGUCGCGUCCGCUCUCACAAGAUGGAUCGCAGUAUGAGAUGGAUCUAGACGCCUUAGGCCUCAAUUCGACAUUCGAAUCAACCGAGCUUGAGCAUAGUCAUCAGCCGCCCGUCGACCGUGUAGACACGAGCGAGAUCGAGGGACCAGAAGACUUUACCAUGAACAUGACCUACUGGAUGACGGCUGAUCUGCCCCUGGCGCAAAUCAAGUCGCGGAAAGAGGCCAACACCAAGCGCCCGGCGGCACGGAUGGAUGCUAUACCAGACGGCAGCGAAGGGCGGCAGGCGACAGAGGUGGGUGAACCGGUAGUCGUAGUCGAAAAGCCCAGGCAACAGUCAAACGAGCCGUCUCGCACCGCGUCACCCAAUAGGCGCGCAAACGGCUCAUCGGAAGAGCGCCGGCACAGCAAAGCAGUGUCGGAACGAUCAAUGGAGAAUGAUGAAAAGGUUCGCAGCUUCCUCAGCAACCUCCCAGACACGGAAAUGGACGGUGCUCUCACCGGAACACCAUUGCAUGGGCCCCGGCGUAGUUUCCUGCAGGUUCCUAGGUCUUCACCACCAAAGGCGCGAUCACUGCAACCUACCGUCGAGGACUAUGAUACCCCGCGGAAACCCACUCUGGAGACUGUCAUACGGCACACUUCGGCCAUAAUUGAUACGAACGAACAGGAUGUCGCCCGCAACAAGAUUGCAGAGCUGCAGCAUCAGCUCGAACAGCAAGAGUCGUCUUCGAGGUCGCGUAUCACAGAACUCGAAACCAUCUUGUCGUAUACCCGUUCCGAACUCGAAAGCACCCGUGCUGAGAAUUACAAACACAAGGAAAAGUUGUCGAGCCUGGAAAAGAGCAUGCAGCGUCAAAGUGCUGAUCAUGAUGCAGCUCGUGCAGCUGCUGAUGUCCGGUUGAAGUCGCUCGAAGAAACUGAGCGCCAGCGGAAAAAUCUCGAAGAGUCGAACCGACAGCUCGCUGAAGAGAUCAAGACACAGAGCCAGAGCCUAGACGAGGUGCAAGCGGAGCUGUCGCACGCUAAGCUUUCGCAUGAGCGAGAGGUCCAAGACUUGAAAGGCACAGAGGCACAACGAUCUGAUAAAACAGACGAGAAUGCGGAGAACAAACGAUUGCUGCUAGCCGAGCAGCUGUCGUCAGUUCAGGCACGAGCCAACGCUCUUCAGUCCAAUCUCCAAACGGCGACAGCCGAAGCAAAGCUGGCACGUGAGGAGGCACGGGAAAAGAAUCAAAUUUGGUCUGCGGUCGAAGCAACUGCCUCUGAGCAAACUCGACGCAUUGUCAAGCUUGAAGGGGAACUACAAAAUGCGCGUUUUGAAGUUCAGUGUGCGAAGGCUGAUGCUCAAGCUAAGCAGCAAUUGUUUCAAACGAAUCUCGAUCUCAACACUCGCCUUCGUGCGCUGCAAUCUGAACUCGAGAGUACACGAAAGGACUCUACUGGACACAGCCACGGAACUGGGCCUGAUGAAUUAGAGGCUCACAUUCGCUCUCUCCAGUCUCAGCUAGAUUCUGUACGUGCAGAUAAUGCUGCAAAAGACCAACAACUUCAACACACAGUCUCUCUAGAAACCGAGGUUCAGUCACUUCGAGCUCGAAUUACGGCUACCGGGGACGAUCAGACUACCAAUAAUGGACAGUCUCGCCAGGUCACCGAGCUGGAAGCUCGCAUACGAGUCCUCCAAUCGGAGCUCAUAACCAAGGAUGAAGAGAUGAGAAAUAUGAUUGAGAAGGAGGAACAGGCUGAGCAUCGAAUAAACACUUACCAGGGCCGCUUGCAAAGCCUAGAAGCUGGUAAUGCCAAUCUUCGCCAGCAACUAGCAGAAGCACACCGUGAAAGUGCCCAAGCAAGAGGCGAUGCUGAACGAUUUGAACGAGACUUGGAAGAUGCCAAUGAUCUGUUGAAAGAAGCUCGAGCCGAGGCAGACCGCCGUGUCAGCGACAUUGACAAGAAGCUCAGCAAGAUGAAGGAGUUGAAGGUCGAGGUUGAGACCAAGUUUAAAGAAUUACGAACACAACACGACGACAUGAUUGAAGUACACGACACCACAAUGGAAGGAGUCCGCGACAAGGCCGAAGACGCCGUACGCAAAGCCGGCGCACUCCUGGAGCAAGAGCGCAGCGAAAAGCGACGCAUAACACGAGACCUCAAGCGGAUCAAAGAAGAAGUCGAAACACUACGUAACACUGCAGCACAACAGGUCUUGAGCCAAGACGAUGACGACUCUACCAUCGAUGACCAUGACACGACAACUGGCGCAUCUGCAAUGGCUACCAACACUCAAGCCGCGGAGAUCACUAGCCUCCGCAGCAUCAUCCGCACCCAACUUGCCGACAUCAAAGCACUAAAGUCAGAAGUUUCAGCCCUCCGUAAAGAAGUCAAAACGCACAAGUCCACACGCUCAGGCUCUUCUUCUCCCACCAUCUCCACACUCGAAUCCACCAUUUCUGCCCUUCGCACAGAAAACGCAUCCCUACAAUCUCUCCUGGCUACCAAAGAAGCAGACCACGAGGCUGUCAACAAAGCCAUGGAUGAAAAAUUGGCGGCGCUACUAAGUAAAGUGAUGAAGGAAAAGGCCAAGACGCUCGUGGGCAAGCGCGAUGGGCAGUGGAGUGAGAGUGUCAGGGAGCUGGAGAGUGAGAGAGAGAUGCUGGGUAAGGUGGUAAUGAGGCAGUGGGGGAGAGAGGAAUUGGGAAUUGAAGAGGAGAGGGAGGCGAAAGAUGGAAAGCAGACGUAUCGGUACAAGUAUGCUAAGCGGGCUUGA